CAGUCACCGGCAUGUCGCUGCCCGUUGAGCUCUUCGCCCUCCUCGGCGCCCUCCUCCUAGGCGUCCUCCUUGCGGACUUCAUCUUCCAGCUUGCGCUAGCCCUGAGGGCCCACCUCCUGCCCAGGCUACUGCCACCGCUUCACCUAGCCGCCAAGUUUGGCCCAUGGGCGGUUGUUACAGGUUGCACAGACGGCAUUGGACGUGCAUAUGUUGAAGAACUAGCCAAACGUGGUUUAAAUAUUGUUCUAAUCAGCAGAAAUAAAGAAAAAUUAAUUCGAGUAGCCAACGAAAUAGAAUCAAGAUAUCAAGUAAAAACAAAAAUAAUUACGGUCGACUUCAGCAAAGGGCAAUCAGUAUUUUACCAGAUUGAAGCGGAAAUUAAAGGAAUCCCUAUCGGAAUUCUAGUCAAUAAUGUUGGAAAACAGUACACAUACCCAACGUACCUGACAGAGGUUCCAGAACAGGAGUUAUGGGACAUAAUAAAUGUGAAUAUAGGAGCCACAACUAUAAUGACGAAAAUGAUACUGCCUCAAAUGGUAGCGAGGAAGCGUGGUGCGAUAGUCAAUGUAUCUUCGUCUUCUGAACUUCAACCUCUUCCUCUGAUGACUGUUUAUGCCGCAACAAAGGUUUUCGUCAAGAGCUUUUCUGAAGCGUUGCGCGUUGAAUAUCAAUCUGAAGGAAUUACGAUACAACACCUGUCACCGUUUUUCAUCAAAACAAAAAUGAAUGCUUUCAGUUAUCGUCUCCAAGAAAGUUCAUUGCUUGUUCCUGAUGCGGAAACGUAUGCCAAAAAUGCAAUUAAUACGCUAGGACGAGUCAAUCAUACAACUGGCUACUGGGUCCACGGUCUUCAAUAUUUCUUCACCAUGAUUCCUCCGAUGUGGAUAAGGACUUACAUUGGAGCCUUCAUGAAUCAAACAUUUAGAAAAGACUACUUGUACAAUAACAAAUCUGUGUCAUUUUUAUAGAAAGACUUAUUUCCAUAGAAUAAGUCUGUUUUUUAUAUGUGACUGAUUUUUAAUUUAUAUAUACCUAUAUUUAUGUAAAUGUUGUUUAAUUACAUUUAAGGGUUAGAAAAUCUAACUGUUUGUAAUUAAAUAAAUUAUUAUUAUUAUAAAUGUUCAAUUAAAUAGUUUGUAAUAUUGUCAACAUAUAUUUUUAAGAUUUAAACUAAUGAAAGAAAAAUGUGUGGAGUAGUUACUAAUCUUUUAGGUAUAUAUUUUUUUAUUUUAAAAGAUUUAUGAACAAAAUGUGUUCAAAUAUUUGAUUUUCUUAGAAUGAUAUUUUCCAGGAUCCAUUUCUUUAAAGUGCUUAUCAGAGAAUACAUAAUUUAAUCUCAAAUAUUAUAAAUUGUUUCAAUAUUAAUUGAUAAGUUUAUAUAUUUAUGUCACUGCCUUUUUCUAUUUUGAUCUCAUUAGAGGAAGUGCAACUAAAAACUUUAUGUAGAUAUACUAAAGUAAAUUAACUUCACUUUUUAAAAAGUUAAAUGAAUAUUGAGUUUUCAUAAAAUGAUGUGUACAAUAUUGUUUUUUAAUACAACUUGAAUAAUAAAACAUUUAUCAUU